GUGCCAGGCGACGUACACUUCCGUUUUAGUCCGACAUCUAGAAUUACCUCAAAAUAGGGACAUUAUAGGAUGUAUCUCUCUCCUAUGUGCUACCUGAGCAGAUAUGUACAUAUAUCUAUCAUUUUAAUCACUACAUACUCAUUAAUAUUCAAUUACCCAGCGACGUGCGGAAAUAAAAGCGUUCUUAGUUAUUUGGAUUGCCAGUACGCAUGCCCCAAUUAAAAUCUACAUUCGAGCGUUAAUAGACGUUUCUCGGGCUAUUGUGUUAGUUACUUUUUUUAAAUUAUCAUUUACAGAUGCCAACAUAUGACUUUUACAAAUUACAACACAUAGAAUCUUGAAUUUAGAGCCUAAACUGUCUGUGUAGCCCAGGUCACGUGACGCAGCUACGAGCAGCUGCAGUCACCUGAUUUGUUUCGUAGCUGCAAAACAAAAAUGGCAGCCCACUUGUCAUACGGGAGAGUGAAUUUAAACAUUUUGCGAGAAGCGGCGCGAAAGGAGCUACGGGAGUUCUUGGACAAGUGUGCCGGUAGCAAGGCCAUAGUUUGGGAUGAAUAUCUGACUGGACCUUUCGGACUAAUAGCGCAAUACUCUUUAUUAAAGGAACAUGAGGUGGAGAAGAUGUUCACCCUCAAGGGUGGUCGGCUCCCCUCUGCCGAUGUCAAAAACAUUAUCUUUUUUGUUCGUCCCAGACUAGAGCUUAUGGAUAUCAUUGCUGAGAAUGUGUUCAGUGAAGAUAAACAUUCGACACGUGACUUCCACAUUCUUUUUGUGCCCCGGCGGAGCCUUUUAUGUGAACAACGACUCAAAGAGCAGGGCGUGCUUGGCUCCUUCAUAAACAUUGAUGAGUACAUCCUGGACCUGAUUCCUUAUGACGGCGACCUGCUGUCAAUGGAAUAUGAAAGUGCCUUCAGGGAGUGCUACCUGGAAAAUGACCAAACAAGCCUUUACCACACGGCCAAGGGCCUCAUGACUUUACAGGCGCUGUAUGGAACCAUUCCACAGAUUUACGGGAAAGGAGAAUGUGCACGGCACGUUGCCAACAUGAUGCUGAGGAUGAAGAGGGAGUUUGCUGGAAUUCAAAAUCAAAUCCUGCCGGUGUUCGACACUCUACUCCUCUUGGACCGCAAUGUAGACCUUCUAACUCCUUUGGCCACACAGCUCACGUAUGAAGGGCUCAUUGAUGAGACCUAUGGAAUAAAUAACGGUAAUGUCAAGUUGCCCCCUGAAAAGUUUGCCCAGAAAAAACAAGGCGAAACGAGUAAAGAUUUGCCCACAGAGCCUAAGAAGAUGCAGCUCAAUUCAGCAGAAGAGCUGUACGCUGAAAUCCGGGACAAAAACUUUAAUGCUGUCGGAGCAGCACUCAGCAAGAAGGCAAAAAUUAUCUCUGCUGCAUUUGAGGAGCGCCACAAUGCCAAAACAGUGGGAGAAAUAAAACAGUUUGUGUCUCAGUUGCCUCACAUGCAGGCAGCACGCAGCUCCCUCGCCAAUCACACGUCCAUCGCAGAACUCAUCAAGGAAAUCACCACAUCUGAGGCCUUUUUUGAUAACCUAACAGUGGAGCAGGAAUUCAUGACUGGAGUCGACACGGACAAGGUGAACACCUACAUUGAAGACUGCAUUGCUCAAAAAGAUCCCCUCAUCAAGAUCCUGCGUCUCAUGUGCAUGCAGUCAAUGUGCAACAACGGCCUGAAACAGAAAGUCUUUGACUACUACAAGAGAGAGAUCCUCCAGACAUACGGUUAUGAGCACAUCCUGACACUAAACAACCUGGAGAAAGGAGGUCUUCUGAAGCCACAAACCAGCUCUAGGAAUAAUUAUCCCACUAUUAGAAAAACCCUUAAACUCUGGAUGGAGGAUGCAAACGAACAGAACCCCAACGACAUCUCAUACGUGUACAGUGGCUAUGCUCCAUUGAGCAUCAGACUGACCCAGGUGUUGGCCAGGCCGGGCUGGCGGAGCAUCGAGGAAGUGCUGAAGAUGCUCCCAGGUCCGCACUUUGAGGAGCGCCAACAGCUGCCUGCUGGACUCCUCAAAAAACGCCAGCAGGGGGAGAAUCGAACAACGCUGGUGUUUUUCCUAGGAGGAGUGACUUACGCCGAAAUAGCCGCCCUCCGUUUCCUCUCACAAAUGGAAGACAGCGGGAUGGAGUAUGUUAUUGCCACCACCAAACUCAUCAAUGGUACGUCUUGGGUCAAAUCCCUCAUGGACAGACCCGAAGCACAGAUGCUCUAAGUCAACAGUGCACUCACACCCGGACGCAUCAAACAGCCCAGAGACUGAUUGCUGUUUUCCUACAGUAUCAGUAUCACUGAUGUCCAUGUUGGCGUUUCCACUACUGAAGUCAUUUGUCUUGUUACGCAGCUGGUGUACUGUAUUUACCUGUAGUAACUCUCCUCCAUUGUGUGUGUGUUGUUCUACUCUGAGACCAAACAUGUCAUGACC